UGUUAGUUAGUUGAUUGGCAAAUAUAGUCGCAUAACAACGUCUAAUUCAGUGAAUAUGCAUUGCAAGCUACUACUAACGUUCAUUUGUACCUUUCUUGCGGUGAAUUGUAGUGAACGACCAAUGGCUAGUUCGUAUGUUUUUAGAAGUUAUGAUGCUAGUCCUGGACAAGUAGUCUAUUUGAGCCCAGCUCGUUCGAGAAUUGUGUAUCCGUCAUUUAGUCAACGUGAAAAGAUCAAAAUGAAAGCAAAUUUGGAUCAGACAGAGGAAAGUAGUGAAGAAACUGGCAAAGUUGAAGACAGUGAUGAAGAGGAUCCGAAAGUACGGCAUUUACAAGAGCCAAACUACUCCUCAGAUACGGACGAAUCUUCUGAGAAGCAACUCAAUUCUAAGAAGAACGAACAUCGCAAAGGUUUUAACUCUAAACAUCGAUUGAAAAAAGGUAAAAACGGAUAUUAUGCCAAUGAAAACCAUUCACAUUCGUACGCUGGUAAAGGAGAUCGGAUGAAAUCAUAUCAUGAUGAAGAUUCCUACCACAAAGACCACCAUGAUGAAGCACAUCGAAACCAUGGAGGCAAGCACAGCGAAAAGAAAUAUCAUAAAAAGGGAUCCAAAACAACGGGCUACCACAAUAUUUACCAUAAGGAUGAGUAUAAAAAGGAAAAAAUUUUCUAUGAUACCGCCGAUCAUACAAGGCAUUAUAAAAAAUACGGAUCCUCCCACAAGGAACAUUCUAAUGACGAAGGAGACUUUUCCAAAGGAGGACGACGAAAAGAAUCGCACUGGGAAAGGAAAAAAUCAUACAAAGGACACUCUGACGAUGGGAAAUAUGAUGCUAAUCAUGAACAGUUCCAGAAGGCUCGCAAUGCAACAUCAGGUUAUCGAAAUAGAGAACAGUUUGAGAGAAAUGAUGGGAACUAUGGAUCGAAUGCUCAUGGGUACAAAAUUUAUCAUGAAUGAUUUUACUAUUCGCACUUUUGUUGAAAUAAACUAAGAAAUUAAUAGUUACAAAAUGCAUAUGUUAAGCAAUGGAGAUAGGUCGUAAGUCAAAAUGAAGCAACACUAAGAGAAAAUCUUGCGAAAUUCGAAUCGUAUCUCAAGCGGAAAGCAAAUAUACAAAAAUAAAUAUCAUAAACUCACAACAAAA